CACGCGCGCCAUUGAAGAGAGUGGGAGGAUCUCCUUCAGCGAAAAGCAAGGAGCGAAAGACACGUGGUUCCAGCUAGGGAGAGGAGAUGUCCAGUCUCCUGCUGAACACGCCGCCUCGCUGCAGAUCGUCGUCGUACGGUGGUAGAGACGGCAGUUACAGCUGGCCGGCCACCCCUUCCUCCUCUCCCCUCCCUCCCGCUGCAUCACCUCUCUCCACUGACCCCGGAGUUGAGGAGCUCGUGAAAAGGUUGGAGGAGACGUGUGAGAGAGUGUCCAGAGAUGCAGGGAUCUCAGUCAUGAAGAACGAUCCCGACAGUGCGGCCUUCAUUCCUCUCAGAGUCAAAGAAAUCAUACAAGAAUGUCUGACUCCUUUGCCUGCUCGUGGUGGUGGCGCGAUGAGGAGGAGGGAGAGAGCGGGGAGUUGGGGAGAGGGGAGAGGAGGGAGGGAGGUGGUGAGGUAUGUGGAAAUGGUGAGGGAGGGAAGGGGAAGGAGAGGGAGAGAAGGAACUGGAGACAGUGAGACACCAACUGAGUUUGUCUCAGAGAGAAAACGAUGAACUGAGUCAAAAGUACAUUGCAGUCAGUGAAAGGGUGGAAGAGAUAUUCAGACUAAAGGCGGAGGUAUCGAGGCUCAUGUAUGAGAGAGCGAGUCUGACGGAAGAGAAGGCAGAGCUCCAGAGAACUCUACUGGACCAGGAGACCUCGUUCUCCUACACACUUCGCUGCUGCCAGAGUGAGAUGACCGAGAGGGACCAGCUCAUUGGGAGACUUGAGGCACAGUUAAAUCAAAGCCAGACAAGAUGUACUGAGUUGGAACUGGAGCUGAGCACUGAACAAACAUUAGCUCAUCAGCAGGAGCUACAUCGUCAGACAGAGACGACCCGACUGCACAAGGAGGUGAGGGA